CAGUCUGCGCUCUGACCGCAGCUCUAGGGAGAACACACACACAUCCAGGGAAGUUGCAGAGCACACACACACACAGUGAAUAUGCCCUCUCUCUGGCUCUGCUCUCUCACUCUGCUUCUCUCUCUUUUGAUCUGCCUCUCCAAAUCUUCAGUCAUUUGAUAUCUCAACAUCAACACUACUACUGCUGCUGCUGUAACCAGAGAAAACACAACUUCUUGAGGCUCAGCAGUCUUAGUCCCUGUCCAUCUGUCCAUCCAAAAAGGAAAUAUGCUGGAUGCCGGAUCGAGAAGGGUCCCGGGAUGGCUGAGGCUGUUGGCCGGCCUAAGUCUGCUUCUCUGCCUGGUGGGGGAGACAGGGGCCAAGAGGGUCCCCAAAAUCCCCCGCUGUCCUGUCACCUGCUCCUGCACCAAAGACAGUGCCUUCUGUGUGGAUACCAAGGCUAUCCCCAAGAGCUUUCCCCCUGGGAUCAUCUCUCUGACAAUGGUGAAUGCAGCCUUCACUACAAUCCCAGAGGGAGCCUUCUCCCACCUGCACCUGCUGCAGUUCCUUCUUCUGAACUCCAAUACCUUCACUGUGGUGGCUGAUGAUGCCUUUGCAGGUCUGUCACACCUGCAAUACCUAUUUGUAGAGAACAAUGAUGUCCAAGCCCUGUCAAAGCAUACCUUCAGAGGGCUUAAAUCCUUGACUCACCUUUCUCUGUCAAAUAAUAACCUGCAGUUCCUUCCACGAGAACUCUUCAAAUAUCUUGAUAUUUUGACAGACUUAGACCUGCGGGGUAACUCAUUCCGCUGUGACUGUAAAAUCAAGUGGCUGGUGGACUGGAUGGAGAAGACCAACACCUCUGUCCCUGCCAUCUACUGUGCCAGCCCAUUUGAGUUCCAAGGCCGCAGAAUCCAUGAUCUCAUCCCACGAGACUUCAACUGUAUCAGCGCAGACUUUGCAGUUUAUGAGACUUUUCCCUUCCAGUCUGUGUCAGUGGAGACCUAUGAAUUCAACAACAAUCAGUUUGUGGCCUUCGCCCAGCCUGAUACUGGGUUCUGUACACUGUUUGUAUGGGAUCAUGUGGAAAUGGUCUUCCGGAGGUACCAUAAUAUAACAGCUAGCUCCGCUGUCUACUGCAAGCCUGUGGUCAUAAACAACACUCUUUACAUGGUUGUGGCUCAACUUUUUGGAGGAUCCCACAUCUACAAGUGGGAAGAGGACCCACAGCGAUUUGUGAAGAUCCAGGACAUUGAGACCACACGUGUGAGGAAACCCAACUUUGUUGAGACCUUCCAGCUGGAUGAUGAGUGGUACUUUGCCGUGGCAGACAGUUCCAAGGCAGGCUCUACGAGCAUAUACCGCUGGAACAGCAGCGGUUUCUACUCCUACCAAUCCCUUCAUCCCUGGCAUCGUGACACCCAUGUGGAGUUCCUAGAUGUGGAAGGGAAGCAGCGUCUCAUUCUCUCCAGUGCCUCCCAGCCCCCAGUGGUUUACCAGUGGAACCGCAGCCUGCGGCAGUUUGCCUUUCAUUCCCAAAUCACUGAGACUUUCGACGUGCAGAUGGUGAAGCAUUUCUGGGUGCGCAACGUUCUCUACCUUUGCCUUACACGCUUCAUUGGUGACUCCAAGAUUCUCCGAUGGGAAGGGCAGCGCUAUGUUGAGAUUCAGACCCUGCCCUCACGUGGCUCCAUGGCUGUGUAUCCAUUCACUGUGGGUCCCCGUCAGUAUCUUCUCCUAGGGAGUGAUUUCUCCUUCUCUCGAGUUUACCUGUGGGAUGACCUCACCCAGCACUUCCAGCCCUUCCAGGAGCUCAACAUGAGAGCACCCCGGGCCUUCAGCUUGGUAUCAGUGGACAACAAAGACAUGCUGCUGGCAGCCAGCUUUAAAGGCAACACCCUAGCCUACCAGCACCUAAUAGUGGAUCUCAGUGCCAAAUAGACCAAUCCAGCCGAAUCUACAGUAUGAGACCAUUCAUUAAUCUGUGCUGUUCUUGUGGAGAAGCCAUCUAAGCCAUGCAACUAAAUGCCUGUUAAAUUGGCAAAACAAAAUGUAAUAGUACUAAUGAACAGGAAAUGCAUGAUAUCUUCUGAUGUGUCUGAUUGAAUGAAUUAAAACCGGAUGUGUAAUGACAGAACAUAUCACCAUAAGUAAUACAUAGUACAUCACUACUUACAUGACCUACCAUUCAUUUAUGCUCUGUGGGAAAUAUAAUUGGAGGUUCCAUUGCAGAUAUAGUACAAAUAUAAGUAACAUCAGAUUAUGUGAAAAGCAUGUGCAUCUACUGAACCUUUCUAUUGGAUGUUAUAAAAUCCUUUAAUUAAUGAAUAUCAAUAAAGGAAAAUAACUGUUCACAUCAAAUAGUUGGACAUUCUAUGAAAUGAUAGUUAAGAUAUUUUGUUCAAAGCAAUACUGUAAUCUGCAUGCCUCAGAUGUUCUCUUUACAGUAGAUCAUCUUUUAUAAAAUUAUUCUGUAUACAUUUUAUAUUGCAUCAAGGUUUGCAUCAAGGUAAUAAUAGCAAUACGUGUUAAUACGUUUUGCUCUAUGUUGAUCCUGAAUGAUACCAAUAUAUUUUUGUUUAAUUACAAUGCAUGUGCACAUGUACAGAUUUCCCUAAAUAAAUGUUUGGUUAACUGAAUAGGACUGGAAGGUUGUCAAGCUCCUGUCAUCACCGUGUGUGUGUGUGUGUGUGUGUAUAUAUAUAUAUACACACAUACUUACAUACAGUCACAAGUUUGG